AGAAAGAAAGAAAGAGUUCGGCAGAAGAAGAGAAAGAGUGUCAAUGUCGUUCUCGUUCUUCAGGGCUUCAUCGAGGUCUCCUCGAUCCGCUCUCCAAUCCGACCUCGCCAAGGCCAUCCGUGACUCUCUCCUCGCCCUCGACUCCAAGACCGCCUCCAAGGCUCUGGAAGAAGUUGAGAAAAAUAUAGCUACGAUGAGACAAGUGCUUUCUGGGGAUGGGGAUGCUGAACCAAAUCCUGAGCAGGUUUCAAAACUGGCGCUUGAUAUUUGCAAGGAGGAUGUUCUUUCUCUUCUUGUUCAAAAUUUGCCAACUUUGGGAUGGAAAGCUAGAAAGGACUUAGUUCACUGUUGGUGCAUUCUGUUGGGGCAGACUGAUGGUUCUACUCAUUGUUGCGUUGAUUAUCUUGAGAAGCAUGUGGAGCUCUUGGAUUUCCUUGUUAUUUGCUACAAUAACAAAGAAAUUGCUUUGAAUUGCGGUAGCAUGUUGAGGGAAUGCAUUAAGUAUCCAACCCUUGCCAAAUAUAUAUUGGAAUCAGCUAGCUUUGAGUUGUUCUUCAAAUAUGUGGAACUGCCAAAUUUUGAUAUUGCUUCGGAUGCACUCUGUACCUUCAAGGAGCUGCUAACAAGACAUGAAACCGCAGUUUCUCAAUUCUUAAGUGGCCAUUAUGAGCAGUUCUUUGAGCUCUAUGAAAAAUUAUUGACGUCAUCGAACUAUGUAACAAGAAGACAAUCCUUGAAGUUCCUUUCGGAAUUCCUUUUGGAGCCUCCAAAUUCACAAAUAAUGAAGCAAUACAUUAGGGAAGUGCGAUACUUAAAGAUUAUGAUGGCAUUACUGGAGGAUUCAAGCAAAAAUAUCCAAAUGUCUGCAUUCCAUAUGUUCAAGGUCUUUGUUGCUAACCCAAAUAAGCCACCCGAGAUCAUUGAUAUCUUGUCGAAGAACCAUGAAGCUUUGUUAAGGCAACUGCACAAUCUACCGACAAGCAAAGGUGGUGAAGAUGAGCAAUUUGACGAGGAGAGAGAUCUAAUAAUAAACGAGAUCAUGAGGGUCUCACAGCUAUUGAAUGCGGUUUCGUAGUUCAAUGCCUUAAUAGAUAUUAAGGCAUACAUAUAUACAUACACCUAUACAUAAAUAUAUAUAUAUAUUUGUUUUUUUCUUUUUUUAUUUUCAUGUUUAUUUCUCAUUUGUCCAUAACCAUAAUGUUUUGAAUCAUGUUCUGUAAUUUCUUUAGUUGUUGGGAGAAAUGUUUGGGGUGAGGUUUGGUGUGUAUUUUUCUGUUGUCAAAUGAGAAAAAAUGCUUGUAUAUCUCCUUAAAAAUGUGUGUCUUUUCAUAUAUGCCCCCAUCAAAAGUGAUAUUUGUAAACAUAAACAUGUUUUGUAUGCAAAGAAGAUGAAAACUGAACAUUAUGGUC